AUGGCUGGGCGACCAGCCAACACGGGGCGUUUUCACGCCCUGCUGUCGCGGGCUGCUUCUAGCAGCUCCGACAGCAGCUCCGAGGGAAGCUCAUCCCUCGAUUUGCCCACGUCUGCGGGCAAGCCGGCGUCUUCGGGCGCUGGCCCUUCCAAGGCCGCCGCGCCCUCGGCUCCCAUGGGCGCUCCCGCGAGUGGGAACGGGCCCUCGCGGCAGGCUCAAGGUUUGCUCCCGGCGACUCCCAUUGUGGGAAACGAUCGUGGGGCCUCGAUCCCGGCCUCUACUACGGAGGCCUUCAUCGAGGCCAUGCAGGCCUUGAGCCUGCGGCCGGAUGAGAAGCUUCAUCCGGCCCACCAGGCACUCCGCGACCAGGCCUGCAAGCUCCAGUCGCGGAUUUGGGGUCUGCGCCAGGGCAUGCAAGCCCAGUCCUCGGUCGUUCCGGCGGACCUAAUUGCGUCCUUCGAGUUCGACCUCAAGCUGUUGAUUGGCACCACAGUCACAAUCAACAAGCUCGGCGAUGACCUGGCCACCGAGCUCAAGAAGGCGCAGGAUGAUGUCAAGCGCCUCACCGACCGUGUAAAUGCCCUGGAGCGCGACGUUGAGAGUCGACAGCGUCGCGAGGAGAACCUGCAACGCCUCGUCUCCAAGGCUGAGGAGGACAAGAAGCUCAUAGCUAUGCUUCAAGACCAAGUGGACGGCAAGCGCAGUCUGUGGAUGGACGUCCACCGCGACCCCCAGGAGCGUGCUGCCGCUCUCCAGAACCUCGCCCGGUCAUCGGCGCUGAUCAGCCCAACCUAUCCCAAUUUCCCUCGGCCAGCAGAGACUAAGCCCUACCAGCCCCGACAGGGAGGUCCUACCCUUAUGGGCCCGCCGCGUCCGGUCAGCGCAAUGGGCCACAUCCCUCCCGCGAUGCGUCAGGGCCCUCAUCACCCGCCAACUCACUUAUCGGGCGCCCAAACCAUGCGCGCUCGCACCAACCUAAUGGGUUUCGGUCACCCCCCUCACCACCGCCAGGCAUCAAUGGCGCUGACGCCAACUGGACCUUCACAACCUCCUCGCUUCGCGGGCACGUACCUCGGCAACAUGCCGUCCAGCCAAUAUUCCGUGGCUCCGAAGGGUAGCUUCCAGAACUUCGACAGCCCCGAGUGUUCCAACCCUCCGGCUUUCCCUGCGGCCCCGGGCCCCACUCUUUCGCCGGUUCCGCCGCCGAAUGCUCUCAUCUCCGAUAAGGAUGUUCACAUGUGGGCUGGUGAAUUCCAGACCCUCUUUUCCCUCAUUAACGGCUUCUGCAACACUUACUUCCGAGAACUGCCCUGCCUCAACGACGAUCUAAGGAACCGCCUACAAAAGGAAGCCAAAGGCGCCCUCUGGGACUACGUUUGCAAGGUCUGUCAUACUCUUCCUGGUUCGAGCCAGUCCAAUGGCGAACGAGCUCUUCGUCUUCUUCACGACAGGGUUGCCCGCCCUUAUCUCAUGGAGCGUCUUAUCCUUCAACAUAUUGUCAACUCCAUCUUCCACUAUGAGGGUUGGAAUGAUUACUCCGAUGACGUGGAUGCCGAGAUGGCGAGAAUCCAUCGGGAUCUCAAGUUCAUUGAGCCCGCGCGUACAUUUGAGCGCCAAAUGUGCGUUGACCGCCGUGCCGAGCUGAUCAAGAAGAUGACAACCGGCCCCAACGCCCCGGCGUUCAAGAAUCACAAGCUUAACCAACAUCAUCAACACCUGAAGACUAUCGUCACGCCCCUACUUCCUUACGACCCUAACCGCAAGAAGUCCGACCUCACUAACGAGGCUCUCUACGACCUGUUUGCCGUCGUCAAUGCCGCUUGGGAAUUGUCUUCCAAGAUGAUGAUGUCCCGGUUUACCUUCAGCUUUGACUGGGCCCAGGGUCACGAUCGCUUCUCUGCCGAGACUCACGACGCAAUUGCCUGCGACAUCCACCCCACCAUCCUCCAACGCGAUCACUGGCUCGUCAAGCUCGGCGUGACACCCAUCAUCACGGCGAGAAGCGAUGCAGGUUUGUCCAUUGCCACCCGAACCAUUCUUAAGUCCGGUGUCCUGGUCACCCGGAUGUGA